GGAAAGCGCAAGUUUGCUUUCAUUUCGCAGAGAAAUGGCAGCCCCUUUGGAAGAUUUAGUAGUGCGUUUAGAAGCGGUUACAAAUAGACUAGAAUCCCUGGUUAAAAACACAAGUGUAGAUGAAAAAGAAAGGCAGGAAAUAUCCUCAAAUGUUCAGGGAUUAGCAGGAAAUUCCGAGAGAGUAAAUUCGGCGAGUUUCAGCGAGGAGUAUGAAGCAGGUGUAUCUGUGGCCGCUUUUGACGAGGUCUAUAAUGACAAAGUAGCCGCAUAUUUGGAACUUUCAGCUAAAAUCGGAGGCGAUGUCAACACACAGGCUGAGCUUGUAAAGAAAGCGUUUGCAGCUCUUAGACAGUUACUGUGUACGGCUGAAAGCAGUGCUAAACCAUCUGAUGCAAACCUUCCAAGCAUACUAAAACCAUUAGCUGACUCUAUUGGGGAAGUGUCUAGUUUCCGUGACCAGAAUCGUAAAAGUGCUUUAUUUAACCAUUUAUCAACUGUAAGCGAAGCCAUUGGUGCUUUGGGAUGGGUUAGUGUGUCUCCAACACCAGGACCCUAUGUCAAAGAGAUGUCAGAUGCUGGCCAGUUUUAUGGCAACAGAGUGCUCAAAGAGUACAAAGAAAAAGAUCAGGAUCAUGUGAGCUGGGUGAGAAACUACCAAGGCAUUUGGACAGCAUUGAUAGCAUACAUUAAACAACAUCAUACGACUGGUCUAACAUGGAACUCUCAAGGUGGCAGUGCACCCGCACCUCCCCCACCUGGUGGGGCACCUCCCCCUCCUCCACCUGUCGCAGCACCAGCUCCUGUCACAUCUGAUGGUGGUGAUUCUGGAGGCCGGUCUGCAUUAUUGGAUGCUUUAAGCAAAGGCUCCUCAGUCACAGCAGGUCUGAAGAAAGUCACCAAUGACAUGAAGACGCACAAGAACCCAGCUUUACGAGGUAGCAGCAAGGUCCCCGCUUCCUCAGGGCCACCAAAAUCAGGUCCCUCGUCUGCUUAUGCACCUAAACCAUUCCAAGCAUCCAAACCUGGUGGUUCUGUGACACGGCCAGUCAGUGUCAAGAAACCGCCCAAGAAAGAGCUACAAGCCCAAAAGAAAUGGGUUGUGGAAAACUUUGAAAAUGAUAGAAACAUUGUAAUCGCUGAAACAACGCUAAAACAAACUGUGUACAUUUACAACUGCAAGGAAUGCACCAUUAUCAUCAAGGGAAAACUCAACACUGUCACUUUGGAUUCUUGCAAGAAAACUGCUGUGGUUGUUGAUGAUCUGAUUGCUGGCCUAGAGUUUGUCAAUUGUCAAAGCGUACAGUCACAGAUAAACGGUGAAGUUCCAUUGGUAUCCAUAGAUAAAACUGACGGUAUUCAAGUGUACCUCAGUGAGAAAUCAAGAGAUGCAGGAAUUGUCACUGCCAAGUCCUCGGAGAUGAAUGUUUUAGUUCCAAGUGCUGAUGGAGACUUUACUGAGUAUGCAUUGCCUGAGCAAUACAAAUCCACCUGGAAUGGCAAAGGAUUUACCACAGUACCCACAGAAUCAACUUAGAAGAAGAGAAAUGAACACAAUUUGCAAUACGAAUACACAAAUCAUGUGGCUUAAAUUUAAUUUUUUUACCAAAUUUACCUUCAAAUUCGCACAGUAUUUUGUAUGAAUUUUGCUUGUACACUAUGACUGAGAAAUAUUCAUGUCUAACUGUACUCUGAAAUGUUGAAUUAAAUUGCUUUUUGUAUUAA